GGGGGAAGGAAGAGUCGUGCGUAAAAACGCUGCGUAAAACUUGCCAAUUGGGUGGGAGAGCCGGCAAAGGCGCAGGUUGCUUGCUGCCUCCUUGGUAACUUUCCCUUUCCAGCUUUCGGAUCCAUGCCUCUCUGGGGGGGAGCUUUAGCACGGCAGCCCCUUCCCUACAGGUCUCUCUCCGCCCCUCUUUCUGCCUCCCUCUUUGGAGAUCUUGGAGACUUGGCUGCGGCUUGAUCUUUGGGGCGCGAAGAUGGCGAGGGGGAAGAAGGCUGCUGCUGGGGGGCUGCUGCUGCUGCUCUUCCUCCUGCUGCCCCACAGCUCGGUGGGGCAGCCGGUCUCCUUCCACGCGGACGUCAACGGGCACAGCUUGCACCCGCCCUACUUCAACCUGGCCGAGGGCACCAAGAUUUCGGCCACCGCCACUUGCGGAGAGGAGGACGCCGGCGCCAAGGGCCCCCCAAGACCCGUGGAGGACUUGUACUGCAAGCUGGUGGGCGGGCCCCUCGCCGGAGCAGAGCCCAACCAGACCAUCCAGGGUCAAUACUGUGACAUUUGUUCAUCAGCAAACAGCAACAAAGCCCACCCAAUCACCAAUGCUAUAGAUGGCACUGAACGCUGGUGGCAGAGCCCUCCUCUUUCUCGACGGCUGGAAUUCAACGAAGUCAAUGUCACACUGGAUCUUGGACAGCUGUUCCAUGUUGCCUAUGUUUGGAUCAAGUUUGCCAAUUCCCCACGUCCAGACUUGUGGGUACUUGAACGGUCCACAGAUUUUGGACUUUCCUAUGAGCCUUGGCAAUACUUUGCUUCUUCCAAGAGAGACUGUAUAGAGAAAUUUGGCCCAAAGACUAUAGAACGGAUUACCAAAGACGAUGAUGCCAUUUGCACCACUGAAUACUCUCGUAUUGUUCCCUUGGAGAAUGGAGAGAUUGUUGUUUCCUUGGUGAAUGGACGUCCAGGGGCCAUGAAUUUCUCCUAUUCCCCUCUCCUGAGGAAUUUCACCAAAGCCACUAACAUCCGAUUGCGUUUCCUGAGAACCAAUACUUUACUUGGCCAUUUAAUGGGAAAGGCACUAAGAGAUCCUACUGUGACCAGGAGGUAUUACUAUAGUAUCAAAGAUAUCAGCAUUGGAGGACGGUGUGUAUGCCAUGGUCAUGCGGACGUCUGUGACGCCAAGGACCCUUCAGACCCUUACAGGCUACAAUGUGAUUGUCAGCACAACACUUGUGGGGGAUCAUGUGACCGUUGCUGCCCUGGCUUCAAUCAAUUACCUUGGAAACCUGCUACUACCGACAGUGCCAAUGAAUGUGAAUCCUGUAAUUGUAAUGGCCAUGCCUAUGAUUGCUAUUAUGAUCCAGAAAUUGACCGUCAAAAAGCCAGCCAAAAUCGUAAUGGCCAGUUUGAAGGAGGAGGUGUAUGCAUUGACUGUCAGCAUCACACAGCAGGCAUCAACUGUGAAAGAUGCAGCCAAGGAUAUUAUAAAUCUCCAGAUCAUCCAAUAGAGUCACCCUACAUUUGCUAUCGUUGCAAUUGUGAUUCAGACUUCACAGAUGGCACCUGCGAGGACUUCACUGGCCGCUGCUACUGUAAACCAAACUACACAGGGGAGCACUGUGAUGCUUGUGCCGAUGGCUAUGUAGAUUUCCCCCAUUGUUAUCCAGUGUCAGAUUUCAAUGACAACGACAAAGGUGCACAAGAACUCCCAGCUGGUCAGAUAAUAAACUGCGACUGCUAUGUUGCUGGGACCAAAGGGAACGCCUGCCGGAAAGAUGCUCAAACUGGCCUUUGUUUGUGUAAUCCCAACUUCCAAGGGAUCCAGUGUGAUCAGUGUGUCCCAGGGUAUUAUGGACCAAAUUGCCAGCCUUGCCAAUGUUCAGGCCCUGGUUUCUACGAAGGUACAUGUGACAAUGAGACUGGCCAGUGUUUGUGUCGAACUGGAUUUGAAGGCUACGCAUGCGAACAAUGUGCUCCUGGCUACUUCAAUUACCCAUUGUGCCAACUUUGUGGCUGUAGUGCUGUUGGGACAUUGCCAGAAGGUUGUGAUGCAUCUGGGAGAUGCUACUGCAAGGCUGAGUACGAUGGGUUUCAUUGUGACCACUGCAGCUUGGGAUAUCAUUCAUACCCUCACUGCCAAGCUUGCUCUUGUGAUCCUCGGGGCUCUGCGGAUAAUGACUGUAGUCCUACAGGACAGUGCCAUUGCCACCCAAAUUACAUAGGCCACUCAUGCAACCAGUGUGCUCCAGGCUUUUAUGGAUAUCCUACCUGUACAGCCUGUCAUUGUUCGGCAGAAGGCUCUCUCUAUGGCACUUGUGAUCAGGAGACUGGCCAAUGCACCUGUCGACCCAGAAUAGCGGGAUUGCGCUGUGAUACCUGUAUUCCCGGAGCGUAUGGAUUUCCACAUUGUGAAGUGGGCUCUUGUAAUCCUACCGGGCUUGCAGGUGGAGAUCCUUCUUUGCCAGUGGGUUCUUGUGAAUGCCGGGCAUACGUGGAAGGUGAAGCGUGUGACCAGUGCAAACCACUCUACUGGAACUUAUCUCCAGAUAACCCUUUUGGUUGCAUGAGCUGUCAGUGUGACACCAUGGGAACAAUUGGAGGUAUUGGUGAAUGCCUGCAAGAUGACGGGCACUGUUUCUGCAAGCCCAACACCUGUGGCAGGUUCUGCUCAACAUGUAAAGAAGGAUACUACAGUCUGGAAAAUGGGAACUACUUUGGCUGUCAAGGAUGCCAUUGUGACAUUGGUGGGUCGAUUGGUCCUGUGUGCGAAGAGCAGACGGGGUCUUGCAACUGCAGACUGAAUACUCAAGGCCCCAGAUGCACUCAGCCAGUAAAAGACCAUUAUAUCCCAGACCUUCACCACUUGAAAUACGAGUUGGAAGAGGGAACUACACUAGAUGGGAGGCCUGUACGCUUUGGCUAUGAUCCCUUGGAAUUUGAGAAUUUCAGCUGGAGAGGAUACACACAGAUGUCUUCCAUCCAGCCCAAGGUAGUGGUGACCCUCAGUGUGACCUCCCCUGACCUGUUCCGCCUCGUCUUCCGCUACAUCCACCGGGGGCCGGCAAAUGUGCAAGGGAGGGUCUCAGUCCUUGAGGAAGGAAAGUUUAAUGUUUAUGGCAACUGCACGGAACAGACUAAACAGAUUGUUUUUGUGCCCACGAAGGAGCCAGCCUUUGUCACUGUUCCUCACAACAGCUUUGGGGAGCCAUUUGUGUUGAGUCCUCAUGUGUGGUCGCUGAUCAUUGAAGCCGAGGAUGUGCUGCUAGAUUACUUGGUUCUGUUACCCAGCUCAUACUACGAGGCUCCUAUAUUGCAGGUGAAAGUCUCAGAUCCUUGUACCUAUAGUCCAACUUCUGAACAAACUGCUCAAAACUGCCUACUGUAUAAAUACAUGCCUGUGGAUCAAUUUCCCUUUGGGUCAGGAGAAGAUGCUGUGUGUAAACUGGACAACAACUUACCAAGACCCUGUCCUAAGGAGACCUUCCUUUCAUACCCUGAGAUGGUAGAGUGUAGUGGAAAUGAUGUGGAAGUCCAGCUAUGGGUUGCUAUCCCUCAGCCAGGGCGGUAUGUCCUUCUGAUGGAAUAUGCCAAUGAAGAGGCUCCACAGACAAUCCAUGUAGCUGUCAGCUCUCCACAGCAUGCUACUCAGCAGGGCACUCUUAAUCUAUACACCUGCAAACACAGUUUCCUUUGUCGUGGGAUAGUUUUAGAUUCGCUAAAUCGCUUGGCCACCUUUGAACUUGUCACGGAGGCUACAAUUCGAUUCAUGGCAGAUCAGGCCGAUUUCUUCCUGUACAAAGUAUAUCUCAUCCCAUACGAACAGUUCACUAUGGAAUUUGUGGAGCCAAAGGUCCAUUGCAUAAGUGUCCAUGGAACAUUAUCACCAAAUAGCUCCUGUAUCCCAUCAAGAUAUCAGAAGAUUUCACAGUCAGUUGUCCUGGAAGAAGGGCAGAUAUUACCACUGUCUCCAGGCUUCCCCCUGAUCCAUGCCUUUAGUGUCCCUCCGUUAGGAAUCCCUCUAACACCCCCACUUCGGCCUCCAACUCUGUUAGAUUCCUCUGCAGAACUCAUCCUGCUAAAAGCUCCUCAGACAGCCAUUGUGCUAAAUGGACACAUCCAGAGUUUGGGACGAUAUGCUUUCAUCCUGCAUUGCUACCAGCCCAGUCAUCCAACGUUCCCUGUGGAAGUGUUGAUCAAUGGAGGACGGAUAUGGCAGGGACAAGCUAAUGCUACUUUUUGCCCACAUGGAUAUGGCUGCCGAAGUCUGGUGGUUUCAGAGAAUCAAAUUGUCCUGGAAGUGACAGAUAAUGACCUGAGUGUGAUCAUCCGUGUGCCAGAAGACCGGCACUUUUGGUUGGAUUAUAUCCUUGUCGUUCCUGAAGACAGUUACGGCUCCAGCUACCUUUCGGAGGAACCACUGGACAAAUCCUAUGAUUUCAUCAGCAACUGUGGAGUCAAUGGGUUCUAUAUCAACCCUGUAACAUCAUCCAAGUUCUGCCAGGACUCAGCCAUCUCGAUCUCUCUCUUUUACAACAAUGGGGCCCAAUAUUGCAAUUGCCAUGAAGCAGGUGCCAUCAGGAGUCAGUGUGAACCAUUUGGUGGCCAGUGUGUUUGCAGGCCAAAUGUCAUCGGGCGAGAGUGUUCCCAUUGUGCCACUGGCUACUGGGGCUUCCCCAACUGCAGGCCCUGCAAUUGUGGAAUACGUCUGUGCAAUGAAGUGACCGGGCAAUGCAUCUGUCCCCCACGUACCAUUAAACCAGAGUGUAUCGUCUGUGAGCCCCAGACCUUUGGUUGUCACCCAUUAGUAGGAUGUGAAGAUUGCAACUGUUCCAGUCCUGGGAUUCAAGACCAAAUGGAACCAGGAUGCAACAUAGAUAGUGGACAGUGCAGAUGCAAGCCCAAUGUAGUGGGACGCCAGUGUGAUCUCUGUGCUCCAGGCUAUUACGGCUAUCCAAACUGCAGGAAAUGUGAUUGCCACCAGGCAGGGACAAAAGCAAGUGUGUGUAAUCCACUGACUGGACAAUGCCACUGUAAGGAAAAUGUAGAAGGUCAAAGGUGUGACCAGUGCCACCUGGGGACCUUUUCUUUGGAUGCCAACAAUCCAAAAGGCUGUACCAGGUGCUUCUGUUUUGGGGCAACAGACCGCUGUCACAGUGCUGAGAAAUAUCGUGUGGAGUUUAUUGACAUGAGUGGGUGGAGUUUGCUGAGUGGAGAGCGUCAAGAGGUCCCAACUUUGGUCAGCUUGGAAGAUGAGAUUGUUCGUGCGGAUCUUCGAAAUUUCCUUGACUCUUUCCAGGAACUUUACUGGCAUGCUCCCAGUUCAUAUCUUGGAGACCAGGUUUCGUCGUAUGGUGGGUACUUGCGCUAUCAGUUGCACUCAGACACUCGGAGAGGUGAUGUGUUCAUACCAGUGGAAUCCCGGCCUGAUGUGAUUCUCAAGGGAAACCAAAUGAGCAUUAUGUUUCUUGAAGGCAACUAUCCUAUUCCUGGAGAGGCUUAUGAAGGGCAACUCCAGCUGUUGGAGGAUAACUUCAGACACACUGAGACACACAACCCUGUUUCCAGGGAAGAGCUCAUGAUGGUUCUGGCCAACCUGGAGCAGCUGCAGAUCCGAGCUCUCUUCUCCCAGAUAUCAUCUUCAGUCUCCCUUCAUCGAGUGACUCUGCAGAGAGCAGUAGAGACUGGUGGAGGCCUCCAAGCCAGCAAUGUGGAGCUUUGCAUGUGCCCAGCCAACUACAGAGGAGAUUCUUGCCAGGAAUGUGCUCCAGGCUAUUACAGGGAUACCAAAGGUCUUUUUCUGGGAAAAUGCAUUCCAUGUAAUUGCAAUGGUCACUCAGAUCAGUGCCUUCCUGGAUCUGGACUAUGUAUUAACUGCCAGCACAACACAGAAGGUGACCACUGUGAAAGCUGCAAGGAUGGCUUUGUGGGGAACUCUUCGCUCAGUGGGCCACUGCAGUGCAUAGGAUGUCCCUGUCCUCUUUCAGUUGCAUCGAACAACUUUGCCAUUGGAUGUGUGCAUAAAGGCUCUUCCACUCAAUGCCUUUGCAAGCCUGGUUAUGCCGGAGUUUCAUGUGAACGUUGUGCUCCAGGUUACUAUGGAAAUCCUCUAGUGAUUGGCAGUUCCUGCCAGCCCUGUGACUGCAGUGGAAACGCUGACCCAAAUAUGCUCUUUAGUGACUGUGACGCAUUGACAGGAUUCUGCACAGGAUGCAUGUACAACACAGCAGGGCCACGGUGCGAGGUCUGUGCCCCUGGGUUUUAUGGUGAUGCCGUGAUGGCAAAGAACUGCACUGAAUGCAGCUGUCUGUCCUGCGGAACUGAGUCCUGUGAUCCUCGGACUGGCCAGUGUCGCUGUAAACCUGGAGUGACAGGUCAGCACUGCGACCAUUGUCAGGAAGGGCAUUAUGGAUACGAAAAUUGUUUAGGUUGCCAGAGAUGUGACUGUGAUAUUGGAUCCAUGAGCAGAGACUGCCAUGCCCAAAAUGGGCAGUGUCGUUGCAAUCCAGGUGUGAGCGGCUCCCGUUGCCAGCAGUGCACACCUGGCUACUGGGGACUCGGGACAAAUGGCUGCUCAAAAUGUCACUGCAAAGGAGGUUCUUGUAAUCCACGGACUGGGGAGUGCACCUGUUCAAAUGGCCUGACAGGGAAGCAGUGUGACUCCUGUAUAAAGAAGUAUGAGAUUCCUGUGGUGGAUGGUCCAGACAACAUGAGAUGUGAAGCUUGUGACAGCUGUGUAUUGCUCCUGUUGGAAGAUCUCCAGAAGAUUGAAAGCUCCUUCCCUGCCCUCAGGCAUCAGCUGACAAGCCUCAAUGCCACCUCUAUAGCGUGGGCCCGUCUCCAUAGUAUCAACGGUUCUAUGCAAGACAUCAUUAACCAUCUUCAUGAAUAUCAGAGAUCCAUAAACAGGGCCAGGCAACAGGCAGAUGAGCUGGAAGAGGAGAACACAGAUUUUGUUCAAGAUUUGAAUGCUCUUCAACACAAGGCAACAAUGACCAAUAGGAAAGCUGUUCAGGUAACAGAAAGCACGGAAGAGAGCUACCGGCAAGCAGAGAACCUUGUUCAAGAUAUCAAUAAAAUUCAGAACAAAAUUAAUGAUCUUGUUUGCCAAAUGAACAUCUUGGCCACUGCAAAUGCCAGUUCCACUUCCACAGAGGAGUUUCGUCGGAAGAUGGCUGAAGUGGAUGCAAUGCUGAGGCAUAUGAAGACCCUGGAUUUUAGUUUUCAGAGAGAAACAGCUGUUGAGGAGCAUGAUGAUGCUCGGAAGUUGCUGGACCGUGUGAAGACUGAGCUUUUCGACAAGUUGGAGUCCAACCAAGGGCUAGUGAGCCGUAUCAAUGACCAGUUGGAUCAGUACGGCUCAGAGUUGAUGGACCUGCGAGAUGCCCUCAAUGAAGCUGUGAAUAAAACCCGCCAGACAGAAGACCUCAACAGCCUCAAUCGUAAUCACCUGGAGGAAACCCAGCAAAAAAGAAAGGAGAUGAAAGAACAGUAUGCUGAGGUCCAGAAUACUCUGGAAAUGGCUGAAGAGUCUCUAGCCCAGGUCUCAGAUUUUCUGCAGAUGAUAGAAGAUAUCAAAGAGGAAUCUGAGAAGUUAGCUGCCCAGCUUGAUGGAGCAAGAUACCCUCUGUCAGAGAAGGCAAAGGAGUAUUCUCUUGCUAGCAACAAGAUCCCUAUUGUUGAGAAAGCUGAAGGGCAUGCAAAGCUUUUGAAUGAACUGGCGCAAAACCUGUCCAGCAUCAUCCAUGGCACAAAUCAGAAUGGAUUUAUUCAACGAGCCAUCAAUGCCUCCAAUGCCUAUGCCAGCAUUAUUUCAGCAGUCACCGAUGCAGAAACUGCAGCCAAUGAGGCAAAGAGAGCAGCCACUGAAGCUUUGACGAAUGUCAUUUUGGAGGAUCUUGGGGCCAGUUCAAAAGAGAUGAAGAAGACCAGCGCUGCCUUAGAAGAAGCUGGGAAGAAAGAACAAAGGAAGCUCAGUGGAGAUAUCAGGGGAGCACUACAGGCUGCCAAAACCAGAUUAACAGGCAUCCAAAGAAAGAAAGAAGAUCUUCUGAAUCAGCUACAGUCAGUGAAGAGCACACUGGACAUGGUCCAAGAUGGCACAGCAGGGGCAAUCCAGAAUGCCAAAGAUGCUGCCUCACAGGCCAAUGAAACAGUGGCAAGGAUGGAAGAAAAACUGAAUAACAUGCAAAAAAAUCUGGACGAGUGGAAGCAGCAAUAUGGAGACCUCAAAAAUGAAGAUUUAAAUCAAGCUGUUGGAGAAGCCAAGGAUACAGUAUCCAGCCUUGAAAGCACCCUCCCAUUACUCCUGGGAAAGCUCAGCAAUCUGGAGAACAGGAGGAGCCACAACGCAACUGUUUCAGACAAUAUCCUGCGAGUGCGCCAGCUGAUAUCUUUGGCCCGGAAUGCUGUCAGUAAGAUCAAAGUUCCAGUGAAAUUCAAUGGAACUUCAGGUGUGCAGGUCCGGACUCCUAUCAACCUCCAAGAUUUGGCUGCCUAUACUUCCCUCAAGUUCUAUAUCCAGAAUCCAGAACAGAAGCGUCAAAAUGGAGAUGACCUGGGACGUUUUGUGUUGUACCUGGGACACAAGGACGCUGUUGGUGACUACAUGGGUGUUAUCCUGAAAGAUCGCAAAGUACAAUGGAUCUAUAAAUUAGGAACUGAGGAACCCACACAUUUAACUGUUGAUGAAGAAAUUGGAGAGCAGUUUGCUGCAGUCAGCAUAAACAGGAUCUUGCAGUAUGGACACAUGUCAGUGACUGUGGAGAAGCAAACCUUGCAUGAAACCAAAGGAGACAGUGUUGCUAAAGGAGAGCAGGGAUUGUUCAACUUCAAGCCCCACAAUGUGGUCUUGUACGUGGGAGGCUACCCUUCCAGCUUCACGCCUCCUCCCUCCCUGCGCUAUCCUAACUACCGUGGCUGUAUAGAGAUGGACACUCUCAAUGAAGAGGUAAUGAGUCUGUACAACUUCCAAAGCACUUUCCACCUGGACACCGCUGCUGAGAGGCCUUGUACAAGGUCUAAAUCGACAGGUGACCCCUGGUUGACAGAUGGCUCCUAUUUUGAUGGCACUGGUUAUGCAGAAAUUAAAUUUGAGAGCCAGAUCGGUUCAAUCAAGCGCUUUGAGCAAGAGAUGCGGCUGGUGUCCUAUAAUGGGAUCCUUUUCUUCCUGAAACAUCAGAGGCAACUGCUAUGUUUGGCUAUUCAAAAAGGAAAACUGGUGCUAUACUACGACUUCAAUGGAGGCCUGAAAACAGCAACACCUUCCAAGGAUCCUGCCACACUACUAGUCAGCAGCAACACAAACAAAGCGAUCCAAAUAUUCCUCCUCAAAAUGGGUCCCAAGGAUCGCAUCCUGGUGCGACUGGAGCAAUCAACCAUCUUCAUGGUGGAGCAGGAAAAUGCCUUACAAAAUGCUACCUCGUAUUACCUGGGCGGUGUACCUGUGUCCAUUCUCCCCGAAGGCCUGAAGAAAAUAUUCCCCAAAGGUGGAUCCAUCAGGGGCUGCAUGAAAGGCUUGAAAGCUCUUGGUAAAUACGUUGACUUAAAACGUAUGAACACGACAGGAGUCAGCUAUGGAUGUACAUUGGACCUCCUGGUGGCUCGUUCAGUUAAGCUUCAUGGCCAUGGCUUCCUGACUCUGGCACUGAGGAACGUGCCUUCUUUGCAAGAUUUCUAUACUGGUUUCAGCUUCCGCACCAGCCAAAGCCGUGGCUUGAUGUAUCAUCAUGCUACAGAGGAAGGGACAUGCCAGGUUUCCUUGCAAAAUGGCAGAGUGGCAGUCAACGUCCUGACAACAGAACUCACAACAAAGAAUGCAUAUGCAGAUGAUACAAGCCACUACGUUGCCAUCUACAGUGACUCUUCAGGGAUCCGGGUUUACAUAGAUGACCAGCUUCAGGGAACCAAACCAGGGACUGAUCGCCUCAGGAGGCAGAAGCGACAGGAUGAGCCAGCAGUCUUUCAGUUGGGUGGCAUGCCCCGGGCCAGCGAACUUGGCAACCUCACAGGAUGUAUCGGGAAUGUCUUUGUCAGACGGACAUCAGAACCACAGAUGGUUGUCGACCUUCAGCAGAGCACUGAGAGUUUCAACGUGACCAUGAACUGUCCCAGAGAUCGGCAGCCACAGCAGAUGCGAGCAUCAGAGAAGAAGGGCAGGUGGAAACCCAAGGUGCUGAGUAAGAAAAUCCUGAAAGACCCAAGCUGCCAUCUGCCCAAAUACCCCAAAGCCAUUAAAGAUGCUUUCCAGUUUGGCGGAUCCUCAGUGAGCCGUUUGGAAUUUGAUGACAUUCCAGUAACAUUCCAAGAAAGGUUCCACUUCUCCAUGGAGGCCAAACUGAACUCAUCCAGUGGCCUGCUCUUUUACAUGACGGAUGACUCCCUGGGCUCUUUCUUCUCUGUGUUUGUCUCCAAUGGCCGCUUUGUGCUUUUGGCUGAAAUCAGUGGACGUAAACUGAGACUCAGGUCCAAAGACAAGUACAACGAUGGAAAGUGGCAUACCGUCUUCUUCAGCAGAGACAGAAGCAGAGUUCAGCUUGUCAUUGAUGGACUGAGAGCUCAGGAGAAAUCGCUGCCAACAGCUGGAGACCUUGGGGUCCCUGUCAUUUUCUAUGUGGGUGGAGCUCCUGUGGAGAAAGCCAAGGCUCACAUACCAGAUGCUUCUACUUCCAGCUUUAAGGGCUGCCUCAGACACUUGAAACUUGACAGGAAGCCCCUGGUCUCACCAUCCGGCACAUUUGGUGUGACCCCUUGUUACGUGGGCCCUUUGGAAAACGGCAUCUUUUUCACUGCUGAAGGGGGAUACUUGACUCUAGACCAAUCUGUGGCGAUCGGACAGGAUUUUGAGCUGAUGCUGGAGAUUCGUCCACGGAGCGCCUCUGGUCUUAUUUUUCACAUAGGAACAAAACAAACAAACUACCUCAGGCUAUAUUCAGACAGCCAAAAGGUCACUGUGAUCGCAAACACUGGUGCUGGAGAGUUCUCCACCUUUGUGGCUCAACCUUCACUCUGUGAUGGCCAGUGGCACACAAUAGCAGUCAUGAAAAGCAGCAAUGUGAUCCAGUUAGAUGUGGAUACAGAGGGAAAUUACACAGUGGGACCUAACCAAGCCGACACAGCUGCUAUCAAAGAAAACUUCUACCUCGGUGGAAUGCCAGAACUAACCAGUUUUGCUCUCGCUUCACCGCUCCACACAGCUCAAUUCCCAUCCUACAUUGGCUGCAUGCGGAAUUUGGCGAUUAAUCGGAACCAGAUUGACCCAAGGCAAGCUGGGAAAGCGAGGGGCUCUGUAGGGCUUAAUGGGUGUCCCCUCAUGUAGCCACCGUUUCUGUACAAGUGCAAAGUCAGGACUAUGGAAAUUUGCACCAUUCUCCAUGAAGUUCCUCUUGUAACCAGCUUUUCCUUGCUACCAGGAAACAUAAGUCAGUGUUUAGUACCGACAACAGGUGCUUCCAGCAGAGUGGGCUUAGUACUGAUUUCUGAAACAUUUCCUCCCAUGUGUCAGCGGUGAAAGGGAUAUGCAUAGCAUGUAUUCCUAAAAGGCUGUCAAAGAUACUCACUAUAAAAUAUCAGAUUUUAUUGAAAGGCCUCUUAGCAUUUCACCACGUUGAAAUGUUCAAGGGACAGGAACUAAUGAUUUAAACAUAUUAUGUACAUGACCAUCUAACUGGCCAUUUCAUUUUGUAACUCCUAAGCAACUUGGGUCACGAGAACAAGAUCUGGGAAGCGUUUGCAGGCUGAAAUAAUGGAAAACCUUGGUCACUUGAGAUUCAAAGCCAUUUUUGUUCUCGCCUUUCCCAGUUGUCGCUAGUUACGCUUUUGGCAGCUAAGGAAUUAAAGUGCCUGUGAUAUUACCCCCCAAUUUCAACUUAAUGAGAGGGAAUUCUGAUAUCACUUUCUGAGCAAAGGAUAAGUAAAAAUGUACCAUUAUGACAGCCUGAAUGUCAGAAAUACAAUGGAGCUUUUUGUAAGCUACAUAUGAAGUGUAAUACAUUCCUUAGGAAACUUCCAAGGUGCUUAUUUCUGGCCCAAAACAGGAAGGGGAAGAGUCCUCAGCAGCCGCUUGCAGGGAAGGAAAGGGCAGCUGGUUCUGACGCACCUCUCUCUUUCUUGGGCCCAAUGCCUUCAAUGCUCCUUACAUUCACUAACACAACAGUAUAUGAGUCACUUGUGCACUUAGAAAUGUCCUUAUAUAAAUAUAUAUAUAUAUUUGUAUAUAUCUCACCACAUGGGACAAAAUAUUGGUUCUGAAAGGACUUUAUAACUUAUCAGUAUAUUGGUUUUAAUGUUGGGGUACAUAUUGUAAAAUUGAUUUAACAAGUCUUGGUUUCUCUUUCAGCAAAUGUAAUUUUAUCUGUUUUGGAGCUGUACUAUUAAGGCAUGAUUCUCUGUAAAUCACUGGUACAUACUUUUAAUUCAAAUAAAGUUUUAUGGUCUAUACUUUGUAAAAAAAAAUAUGGCACAGAACAUUUUUUGUACAAAGUUGUCUAAUGCAGAAGAUGGGGAGCACACUUGUUGAAACAAUAAAUGAGGAUCCCAUGCUAGGACCCACUACAACAGAA